CUCUGACUAUUGGGUUUCGACGCGGAAGAAAGAGAAUGCGACCGUCCAUGGCGAUCUUUCGGAGACGCCUCUUCUCGCUACCUCAAAUCUUCUAGGGUUCUUGGCCCCUCGAAUUCCCUCGGAACCGUCCUUAUCGGCCUCCUCCUCCACCGACGCCGAAAUGUCCUACGGCGGUGCCGCCCCCCUCCACCAGUCCUCCCAGUCGGACAUCGACGAGAUCGAGAACCUCAUCAACGACAGCGUCCGGUUUGGCCCCGCUACCAUCCUUCCCGCGCGGCCACCCAGCUCUCCCCGCGCCUCCAUCCCCGUCUCCUCCUCCCCCUUCGUCCCCUCCGCCCUCCACCCGCUGCCCUCUUCAAACAAGAAGCCCCUGCCACAUUUCGCUGUCCCGUCAUUUUCUGCCGGACCCUCCCCCCAGGGAAUCGCCACCGAUGGACUUGGUCCGCCCACCAACACGCUGACGGAGCCCAUCUGGGACACCGUCAAGAGGGAUCUCACUCGGAUAGCGACCAACCUGAGGCUGGUGGUGUUCCCGAACCCUAACCGGGAGGAUCCGGGGAAGGCGCUCAGGGAUUGGGACCUGUGGGGCCCCUUCUUCUUCAUCGUCUUUCUUGGGCUCGUUCUUUCUUGGUCGGCCUCGGUGAAAAAGUCGGAGGUGUUUGCUGUUGCAUUUGCAGUACUUGCAGCGGGUGCCAUAAUUCUGACGUUGAAUGUUUUGCUGCUGGGUGGGCACAUCAUCUUCUUUCAGAGUCUCAGUCUUCUGGGAUAUUGCCUGUUUCCUCUGGACAUUGGAGCUCUAAUCUGCUUGCUGGGAAGCAAUGUCAUCAUCAAGAUGAUGGUUGUGUUGGUAACAUUUUCAUGGAGUUCCUGGGCUGCGUACCCUUUCAUGAGCACAGCUGUGUCAUCACGACGGAAAGCGUUGGCCCUGUACCCGGUUUUCCUCAUGUAUAUCUCUAUUGGCUGUCUGAUCAUUGCUGUUGAUUGAGGCAACAAGUUGCUGAUCGCUUCUGGGAGCCUCACAAUUUAUGCUCUUUGGUGUCCUCUCUUUGAUCAAAAUAUAGUCACAUACAGAUAUAGAUGGUCACUGCCGUGUCACUUCUUUCUUUUUGAUCAUAUUCGUUCAUUUUUUGUCAGAUUAGAGAACAUGAUGACCUCUUGGGCUUAAAAUUGUCAAGCCGUCGGUAUCUGUUUUGUGAAUUUUAUAAUAGAGGAUGCUUCCAGAUAUAACAAUAAACUGCAGCAAAGAAAAGCCAUUUGAAGGCUUGGAAAGAACUACCAUUUGCAGGUAUUUUGAACGGUAGGUUGAGAUUGUAACUGUACAUUCUAGUUUGUUGCUUUGAAAUUAGUUAAAGACUAGUUAGAUUGUGUACGUA